UGCCUCCGUCACUAUAGAAACUACUUCCGCUUCCGGGUCGUCUGCAGGGAGUCGCUUGCGUUGGGGGGUGUACCCCCUUCUCCUGCCCCCCCCCCUCGUCAGGGAAGGGGACUCGGGAGCUUCCUGGUUGCCACAUGCAAAGGCCCCGCAUCGAGGCCUGGCCCAGCUUCCUCGGCGCCUGAGGAGAGACGCGGGCAGGCGGAGCGAGGGAGACGUGGUAUUCAUCCCAUGGUACCUCCUUCCCUGGCUCAGCAACAUGACGGAGGGCUGGGUGGAUUGCCCUUCACUGGGGCCUGGCUGGCAGCGCCGUGAAGUCUUGCGCAAAAAUGGAACCAGACCUGGACAAUCAGACACCUAUUACAUAAGCCCCAGAGGAGAGAAGAUCCGCAGCAGAGUGGAGCUGACGAGGUUGCUGGGAUGUUCGCGUGAUCUGACUGACUUUGAUUUCAAGAAGGGGAUUUUCGUCGAGCCAAAUGCCGAGCCCCCAGCCCCGCCACCCCUCCCACCUACUGGAGGAGGCCACCGGAGGCUCAAGAAGGGUAGCAAAAGGCACUGUUCGUCCCUGGCGGCCGCCACCCCUCCACCCAAGAAGCCUCCCAACCUGCAGCUGUUUGUGGAGCCUCCAGACCAGGAGUUUCCAGACCAGAAACCUCUGAAGCUGGAGAUGGAGCUGCCCAUAGAAGCCCCUGCCAGCAUUCUGACCCAGCAGCAAGAGCUUCCGGCUCCUGUAGAUCAGCCAGCGCCAAAACCUCGCAAGCGACGUUAUCGGAAUCAUCUCCCACCCAUCCUUGCUCCAGCAAAAAUGGGAGACACAGCAGUGCCAGAGACCAACCCGGAAGAAGAUAUAGCGUGCUGUGCUUGUUGUCAGGGUCAGUUCCCAGGAGUGAUGCUUCCAUCCCAGAGACGCUGCCGGUGGCUCUGCCCGGACUGCAGAGCUCAGAGAAGAGAUUUCAACCGGGAACAGAGAUACUACAAGCAGAUUGGCUGUGGUGUGUGCCAAGCGUGCCAGAUGUCUCAGGACUGCGGCAUCUGCAGUGUGUGUGUCCUACGAGCCAAGAGCCCCGAGCUCCGCAUUGGCAUCAAAUGCCUGCUGCGACGAUGCUUGAAGAUUGUCAAAAAGGGCCUUGAAUGUGGUAUGUGUCAGGCCUGCAAGAUAACCGAAGACUGUGGUAGCUGUGUUAUCUGUUUGCGGAGGCAGAAACCAGGCAUGAAGCGCCAGUGGAAAUGCCUCAAGCGCCGCUGCCUUAAACGCAAGAAAAAAAUCCCACCCAAGAAGGAUGGCUACAGCUCCAAGAAGCUGACAGUAGAAGCAGCCUCUGCAAAGGACACCUUCACCCCAACACGAUGCCGGCAGAAGAAGCCAGCAUCGGCAACAGAAGGGCCCCUUCCAAAGGCCCAGCUGGCCCCAGGCCACCGUCGCCAUCGGAGGCGCUCUGCUACCACAAAAUGGAAACCCACCAUAGAACGGGAUCCUGCAGGCAUUCCUAUAGUAAGGUGUAGGAAGCAGCAGUUGGGGGCAGUGAAAGAAAGGAAGAAGGUGGGCCGCCCCCCCAAGCAUCCCACAGCCAAGCUCAAGAACAGUAUGCAUGCCUCCAAAAGCCGUCGAAACCGGAAGUGUGGUGAGUGCGAAGCCUGCCUGCUGAAAACGGACUGCGGUCGCUGCGACUUCUGUUGCGACAAGCCCAAGUUUGGCGGGCGGAACCUCAAGCGCCAGAAGUGCCGCUGGAGACAGUGCCUGCAGUUUGCCAUGAAGCGGCUGCUUCCCGAGGAGUGGAGCAGCCCGGAGGCGGAGGGGGCAGCGGCAGAGGGCUGGAAGGUCAGGAGGAGGAGGAGGAACGCCUACGGUGGCCGCAGCCGCAAGCCAGCCAGGAUCAAGCAGGUGGGGCGGCGGGGAGCCAAGGGGAGAGGCCAGAAGCGACGGGCGAAAGCCAGCUUCCAGCCGGAGGAGUCCUCUUCAAGCAGUGAACUGAUUCAUCUGCCCAAGUCACGGGGCCCAGAGAAGCAGCCGCCGCCAUCGCCGCCACUGAGAUUAAAAACCGAGCCGGAAAGGGCUGACCCUGUUGUGGCCCACGAACCCAUGAAAGACCACCCCAUCCUACCACAGCAUGUCAAAGAGGAGCCAGAUGUCCCUCGCCUCCCCACCCCACCCACCCGGGUCCUGGUGAAGGAUUCCGACACCCGAUUCCCUGCUGUCAACCUCCUUAUUGCCACCUCUCCCAAAAUCAAACAGGAGCAUGCAGAACCAGGUGGGGACCGUCGGCCAUCCAGUGACUCUCCGGUGUCAGCGGGACUGCCUCAGUUUAAGACGGCCCUGGGAAUGCCGGGCAGGGAGGUGGUGGUUCUGGAUGAUGAAGAGGACGAUGAAGUGGAGCAGCUGCAGCAAAUGCGCCCCCCAGUGAUAAUGGAGAUCUAUAGCCUGGGUGGCAUGCAGCCCCUUGCCCAGUUGGACAGCGUCCUGCGAGAGUUCUUGGCCGAGCUGAACGAGAUCCCUCUCCCGGCUCACUGGGAGGUGCUGCCCCCGCUGGGUGGCCCCAACCUGCGCCUCGUGCAGCGCUCAAAACACUCCACCAUGUCGGCAGCGGUCAUCCACAUCCGCCCGGGCCUCUUCUUCCACGUGGUGGUACGAGACCUGCCUGUGCCCCCCGAGCAUGAACUCUAUGCCAGCCACCCGGCCCGCCUCACCACCGUCGACGAGGUGGUGGAACUGAUCUGCGACCUGGAAGCCUAUAGGCUUUGUUCCGGCUGGCCCGCGGGCUGGCAUGCCGGCGAACGGUCUGAGGCUUGCGACGUUCUUGUGUACUCAGGCUGCUGCCCACAGUGCCGGCUCAACCCUUGGCCAUCAGGAAGCGGGGCCUGUUGAGGACCAAGCUGGGCAGGGGAAUUUGAGGACGGGACUCAGCCCUGUGAGGCUGUGAGUGGGCAGAAGUUUUAUUUUGACACUGGAAAUGGCUUGGAUAUCUAAACGGAUCAUUCCUUGCCGUAAAUAGCUUUAUAUUUCCCCUCCCCUUGUUCAAUAGCUUGGCACAAAAAUGUCAUACUCCUCUCGUUGCGGUCUUCUGUGUCUGUCUGUCUCUUUCUCUACUGAUAAGCUGCUUCUGCAUUUCUGGCAUAGAGAGAAACGUUUCUUUUGGAGACUAGACUCCUGCCUUGCUUCAGUCGUUCGCUCAGCUCCUGCCAGAGAGUUGAAACGUGGCCGGCGGCACAUUACAACAGCUUGUGCUGACCACUAGUCCCCUGCACUUUUAAAAACCCUCACAUGCUUGACAAAGUAACAAUAUAUGUUGAUACAAUGGGAGUGUGGAGGCGGCUUAUGCAUUGGUCCAGGCCUGCUUCUCUGUUGCUUCAACUCGCCUGGGCCCUCACUGUCACAUUUAGUACCAUCCUGGAGACUUCUACAUCCACAGUAUGGUCAUCGGCAGACCCGGGAAGGAUGGGAUUUAAGAACAGGGUUUCCUUCUUGGAAGAAUCCUUCUGAUGGAGACCUGCCCCUUCCUUCCCCCAGAUACAUCGAAAACUUGAAUUGUUGCCUCGGGCAUGUUUUUCUUUGUUUCAGGGUUGCUCAGUUUGGAUGGUUAAUUCUGUUUGAGGACCAGGAAGGUUUUUUUUAAAAAAAAAUUGUUUGGGGGAGCAGGGACGAUGGGAUGGAUGGAUGGAUGCUGAGAGAUUCUAGCAUAUCCUGUUCAGGGAAGUUCUACAGAAGCCAUAGCUGUAUGUCACUUGCUAACUUGUGGUUUUGUUUUGCGUCUUCCCUCACUGUGGCGGCAGCAGCAGCAAACACCCCCUGAGCCUUUCCCACAUGCCUCUUGCAGUCAGGUUUUGUUUUCUUAUGUGUGUGCUUCUUUUCCCUCAGAAGAAAAGAAUGAAAUUAUCUUAAAGAACGAUCAAAUCAGAACUGGUCUCUAUUUUUUUUAAUGUAUUAAAAAUUUUAAUGAGCAA